UUCUCUUUUUUGAUUGUCUGGAUAGUAAAAAUUUGUAACCUCUUCUUACAAAUAAAUGAACUUGCCAGAAAGUUAAGUGUGAGUGUCAAAUUCUUGGAUUCAUCACCAACCUUGUUUGUCUAUAUUGAUCUCUAACUUUGAUAUGACCGUCAGUCCAUGUCCUCAAAAGUUUUUCUAAACUUAGAAUGAUCUCCAAUUACAAAGUUCCUAGACAAUGCUAUCCCUCAAAUUUGCUUAUAGCAACUUGUCUUAAAAGCCAUAUCGAUUCAAUUCCAACAGUUCUUUCCUGUUUUUUGUCCAGAAAUUCAGAAUAGCAUGUCUAGUCCAAAUUCCUCUCCAGGCGUAGGACCUUCGCGUUGGGAUCCACUGCUGAUUGCCUCAGUUGGUGUAAUUUGUUUGAUACUUCUUCUAUUUAGUUAUUUGAAGAUAAUACAGACACACUGUUGUGGGUAUCUAUCUGCGCGUUUGUACAGAAAUCCAACUCAAAGGCAUCAUCUAAACGAGCAAAUUCUUGAUGAUACUGAUUCACAGAUACAUAGCCGGGGACUAGACUCCUAUAUUAUGCAUUCACUGCCAAUCACUCAGUUCAAGAAGAACGACGAACAAACAACCAGACCAAAUAAUGCAGAUUGUGCAGUUUGUUUAGGUGAAUUUGUAGAUGGAGAAUGGCUGAAACACUUACCUUAUUGCUCUCAUGUUUUCCAUGUCGCCUGCAUUGACACUUGGUUUCAGAUUCAUUCAAGCUGCCCACUAUGCAGAUCCAAUGUAUUUAAUGUCAAAAUGCAACAAGGACAUUCCAUUUCUAUGUACACAUUACUAGAAACUCUGAGAAGGGAAGAUUUCAAUCGCGAAAGAUCAGUGCACAAUGAGGAUAUCCGGUCACAGAUACUACAGAAUCGUUCUUCUGAGCUUUAGAAGGAAGUGCUGACUAGUGGUAUUAACAUUGUGUAACAACUAAAUAGGUAUGCCUCUCAAUCAUUACACUGUCUAUAUUAAGAGCUCCACGGUAUGCUCUCUUCCUGUAGAGAGCUUUAUGAACAAGGAUUUGGGAUAUAUAACAUACAUUUGAAUUAGCAAUGACAAGCUUCAGGAACGAGAGGAAGUUGAUACGAGGCAAGGAUAAUCGCAAUGUUUAGCCAAGGCAGAUAUUCUGGUAACAGGGAACGCUAUUUGACGCUUAAACACCUUAUUUUACCAAAUAAGGUUGAAGAGUACAUGUGAUGUAUGACAUGUUUUUUCUUCCUUGUAAGGUUGAUAUCUCCUUGAGAUUUCUCUGAUUCAAUGAUUUGGAAAAGAGACUAUCCCUUUUACUGAACAGUUUGAAUUAUCAU